GUAAAAGAAUAAACCCAAAUCAUGGAGGUACUGCAGUGCGAUGGCUGUGAUUUCCGAGCCCCAUCCUACGAAGACCUCAAAGCUCAUAUUCAGGAUGUCCAUACUGCAUUUUUGCAACCAACAGAUGUUGCUGAGGACAAUAUUGAGCCACGCUCUGGAUCUGUAAAUGCCAGUAAUCAGACAGAGGUGGAAUUUUCUGCUGUAAAGGAUGAAUUCACAAUUGCAGACGAUCUAUCAGGUCAAAAUGCAGCUGCAUUGGGGACUGGAAGUUACUAUGGUCACAGCCCAGGAUAUUAUGGCCAGCACAUUUCCCCUCAUCCCAAGCCAACAAACAAGUUUUUUCAAUGCAAGUUCUGCGUUCGUUACUUCAGGUCAAAAAAUCUCCUCAUAGAGCACACUAGAAAAGUCCAUGGUGCACAAGCUGGUGGAAAUUCACUUGGGCCCUCCGCCACAGGAUCCUUAAAUUAUAACAUCAUGAUGCAUGAAGGAUUUGGAAAGGUUUUCUCUUGCCAGUUUUGUACCUACAAGUCACCGAGGAGGGCAAGAAUCAUCAAGCACCAGAAGAUGUAUCACAAAAAUAACCUGAAAGAGACCUCCGCUCCCCCAAGCACACCCCCUUCGUUGUCUGACCCUGUGGCUGCAUCGGUCCCAGUCCAGGACCCCUGCAAAGAACUUCCAGCUGAGGUGGUAGAGCGCAGUAUCUUGGAAUCCAUGGUUAAACCCUUGACCAAGUCAAGGGGCAACUUUUGCUGUGAAUGGUGUAGCUAUCAGACGCCCCGCCGAGAACGCUGGUGUGACCAUAUGAUGAAGAAGCAUCGGAGCAUGGUCAAAAUACUAUCCACUUUGAGGCAGCAACAAGAAGGAACCAACCUACCUGAUGUUCAGAAGAGUUCCCCGAGUCCCGUCCCGAAUUCCAGCUAUGUAUCCAUGAAUGCUGCAAGCCGCGAGAUGCCCAAUGCCAAUGUUUCUAGUUUCAGAGGCUCCAUGGGCAAUUCUCUCAUUAGAUCCAGUUCUUCUCCAGCUUCUAAAUAUUCUCCCGUGUCUUAUCCUCCGAUAAAGCCUAAGUCACCUCACAAUUCUGGCCUAGUUAACUUGUCUGAGAGAUCCCGUUACGGAAUGGCUGACAUGACAAAUUCUUCCACUGACCUGGAAACUAACAGCAUGUUAAAUGAUUCCAGUUCUGAUGAAGAAUUAAAUGAAAUAGACAGUGAGAAUGGCUUGAAUUCUAUGGAUCACCAGACCUCAGGAAUGUCUGCAGAACAGCUGAUGGGAUCUGAUGGGAACAAAUUAUUGGAAACAAAGGGGAUACCUUUUAGAAGAUACAUGAAUAGGUUCCAGUGCCCUUUUUGUCCUUUCCUUACCAUGCAUCGACGUAGCAUCUCCCGCCAUAUUGAAAACAUCCACUUGUCUGGAAAGACAGCCAUCUACAAAUGUGACGAAUGUCCGUUUACUUGCAAGAGUUCAUUAAAACUCGGAGCUCAUAAACAGUGUCACACAGGUACGACAUCUGAUUGGGAUGCUGUCAGUUCCCAAGGUGAAAGUAUUGCUGCCUCCCUAAACGAAGGCCCGAUGUCUUACGAAAGUGCAAAUAUGAACGGCAGGAAGACGGGAGUCAUGCUGGAGACCCUGCAGCAGCAGCAGCAGCAGCAGCAGCAGCAGCAGCAGCAGCCACAUCAGCAAUCCCAACCACAGCAGCCGCAACAGUCGCAGCCCCAGCAGCAGCCCCCGCUGCCGCAGCCGCAGCAGCCCCCGCUGCCGCAGCCCCCCCCACCGCCACCCCCGCCCCCGCCACCGCCUCCACCGACACAGUCCCAACCUCAGCACCCUUACAGAUGCACCAUGUGUAAUUAUUCCACGACGACUCUGAAGGGGCUCCGAGUCCAUCAGCAGCACAAACAUUCAUUCUGUGACAACUUGCCAAAAUAUGAGGGGCAGCCCUCAAACAUACCAUUGGAAAGCGAGACAGAUGGCCACACCUCUUCCAGCAACACUGUGAAGAAAAGUCAGACCUCAAUUCUUGGCCUCUCCUCCAAGAAUAACUUUGUCGCUAAGGUUCCUCGGAAGAUCUCAAAUGAUUUCCCUCUAGAUUUAUCACCAGUGAAGAAGAGAACGAGAAUUGAUGAGAUAGCGAGCAACCUGCAGAGCAAAAUUAACCAAACCAAGCAGCAAGAAGACGCAGUGAUCAACGUGGAAGACGAUGAAGAGGAAGAAGAAGAGAACGAAGUGGAGAUCGAAGUGGAGCUAGACAGAGAAGAGGAGCCAACAGAGUCGAUGAUGGAUGUUCCGGGUUCUUUUGCAGCUCAACAGAUAUGGGCGAGAGAGAGUAACGAUCCUCAGAAAGAAUCGAACUUCAGAGGUGUGCCUCAUGAUUAUAACACCACCAAUGGGGCGGAGAUCGAGCUGACUCUCUCUGAAGAUGAAGAAGACUAUUACUGCUCUUCAGUCAACAUGAAAGAUCACCAAGGUUCAAAUACGGCUCUUCUCAACAACCAGCCCAGUCUCUAUGGUGCUGAUCACAACAAUGAAAGUUCAGAAUUCAGUGACUCUGGGAGGCUUUACUAUUGCAAACACUGUGACUUCAGUAACAAAUCUGCCAGAAGUGUCAGCACCCACUACCAACGGAUGCACCCGUACAUUAAAUUCAGCUUUAGAUACAUCUUGGAUCCCAACGAUCACAGUGCAGUGUACAGAUGCCUUGAAUGCUACAUCGACUACACCAAUUUUGAAGAUCUGCAGCAGCAUUAUGGUGAACAUCAUCCUGAAGCAAUGAAUGUACUCAACUUCGAUCAUUCGGAUUUGAUCUAUCGAUGUCGCUUUUGUUCGUACACAAGCCCGAAUGUUAGAAGCCUGAUGCCGCAUUACCAAAGAAUGCAUCCAACUGUUAAAAUUAACAACGCCAUGAUAUUCUCGAGCUAUGUGGUGGAACAACAAGAGGGACUAAAUGCUGAGUCCCAGACCCUGAGGGAGAUUCUGAAUUCUGCUCCCAAAAACAUGGCCACUUCUACCCCUGUGGCUCGUGGGGGUGGUGUGCCAACUGCAUUUAGUAAGAACACUCCUUCAAAGACUUUCACUACAGAAUGUGAAAAUCAGAAAGACCCUUCAGUCAACACCGUUGUCGUUUAUGACUGUGAUGUGUGUUCGUUUGCGAGCCCAAACAUGCAUUCCGUAUUGGUUCAUUAUCAGAAGAAACACCCUGAGGAAAAGGCUUCCUACUUUAGAAUCCAGAAAACCAUGCGCGUGGUGUCUGUGGACAGGGGCUCUGCCCUUUCUCAGCUAUCCUUUGAGGUGGGUGCUCCAAUAUCUCCCAAAAUGCCCAACAUGGCUUCCCCACCCCCCCCACAACCCCCACCAUCAGACCUCAGCACUGAGCUUUACUACUGCAAACACUGUUCCUACAGCAAUCGGUCAGUUGUGGGGGUGCUUGUCCAUUACCAGAAAAGACAUCCAGAAAUUAAGGUUACUGCCAAAUAUAUCAGACAGGCCCCUCCUACAGCAGCCAUGAUGAGAGGGGCCGAGGUGCCCCACGGUGCUCCACGGCCACCUGUCCCCAUGCAAAGAUUGAGCCGAGGCAGCUCAGAGAGAGAUGUCCCUCCUGUGGAGAAUGAAAUGUUCUUUUGCCAGCACUGUGAUUAUGGGAACCGGACGGUCAAAGGAGUGCUCAUUCACUAUCAGAAGAAGCAUCGGGACUUCAAGGCCAACGCCGAUGUCAUCCGACAGCACACAGCCACUAUUCGGAGCCUCUGUGACCGCGGUCAGAAGAAGUCUGGUGGCUGUAUGCUCAUCCCUUCCUCAGGUUCAGAAAGGGAGAAAGCGAAACUUCGAGCGCUUAAGUGCAGGCAAUGUUCUUACACCUCUCCUUAUUUCUAUGCACUGAGGAAGCAUAUCAAGAAAGACCACCCCAGCCUCAAGGCCACAGUUACUUCCAUUUUGAGAUGGGCAUUUCUAGACGGCUUAAUAGAAGCUGGCUAUCACUGUGAAUGGUGUAUUUAUUCGCACACAGAGCCCAGCGGUUUGCUUCUGCAUUACCAAAGGAGGCAUCCUGAGCAUUACGUUGACUAUACGUACAUGGCGACGAAGCUCUGGGCAGGGCCAGAUCCAUCCCCUCCUUCCCUUACGAUGACCGCUGAAGCCAAAACCUACAAAUGCAGGGACUGUAUAUUUGAAGCCUCUUCCAUCUGGGAUAUCACCAAUCACUAUCAAGCUUUCCACCCUUGGGCCAUGAAUGGUGACGAGUCCGUCUUGCUGGAUAUCAUCAAGGAGAAAGAUGCUGCUGAGAAAGUCAUCACAGCCUCUGAAGAGAUACCCAGCCAGAUCAAUUGCGAGAGUAAGAUGAUCUCCCCGCUUCCUGAGCAAGAUGCCGAAUGCACAGAGGAUGCGAGGCUUUCCCCAGAGAAAAGCAUCCAGUUGACCUCAGCUAACCCUGCCAUAUCCUCUACCCCCUAUCAAUGCACCGUGUGUCAAUCUGAAUAUAAUAACUUACACGGUCUUCUCACCCAUUAUGGCAAGAAACACCCAGGCAUGAAGGUGAAAGCUGCAGAUUUUGCCCAGGACAUAGACAUCAACCCUGGUGCUGUUUACAAGUGUAGGCACUGUCCAUACAUCAACACCCGCAUCCAUGGAGUCCUCACCCACUAUCAGAAGAGACAUCCAUCCAUCAAGGUGACCGCAGAAGAUUUCGUGCAUGACGUGGAGCAGUCUACUGACCUGACCCAGACUGAAGUGGAGGAGACGAGCAGGAUUUUCAAGCAGGGGUAUGGUGCUUACAGGUGCAAACUCUGCCCUUACACUCAUGGUACUUUGGAGAAGCUCAAGAUCCACUAUGAGAAGUAUCACAACCAGCCAGAGUUUGAUGUGUUUGCCCAGUCCCCGCCUAAGGUGGCCGUCACCCUGGAGCCAGAGAUGCCAGCGGCAGAAGUCAGUCCCUCCCAACUCCCCACUGCUGAUGAAGAUGUAGCAGAAGUGUCUGUGCCCGCUUCCCAUUUCUCUGCUUCCCACCUGGUCUCCCACACCGUGUUCCGGUGCCAGCUUUGCAAAUACUUCUGUUCCACGAGGAAAGGGAUUGCCCGACACUAUCGAAUCAAGCACAACAACGUCCGGGCCCAGCCGGAGGGGAAAAACAACCUGUUUAAAUGUGCUUUGUGUUCAUACACCAACCCCAUCAGGAAAGGUCUGGCAGCCCACUACCAGAAGCGGCAUGACAUUGAUGCUUACUACACCCACUGCUUGGCAGCCUCUAGGACAGUGAGCGACAAACCAAGUAAGGUGAUCAUCCCCUCUCCUCCCAAGGACGACUCCCCUCAACUGAGCGAAGAGCUGAGGAGGGCAGUGGAGAAAAAAAAGUGUUCCCUCUGUUCCUUCCAAUCCUUCAGCAAGAAAGGUAUUGUGUCCCAUUACAUGAAGCGUCACCCUGGGGUGUUCCCAAAGAAGCAGCAUGCCAGCAAGCUGGGUGGUUACUUCACCGCCGUCUAUGCCGACGAGAAUGAAAAGCCAGCCCUGCUGGAAGAGGAGCAGCCUGAGUUCGAGAGGCCUGAGCUGGAGACCACCACGGAUGCUCAGGAAAUCGAGUGGUUACCUUUCCGCUGUAUCAAGUGUUUCAAGCUGUCCUUCAGCACCGCGGAGCUGCUGUGCAUGCAUUACACUGAGCACCACAGCAAGGACCUGAAGAGAGACUUCGUCAUCCUGGGGAAUGGCACCCGCUCUCUGGGCUCCGCCUUUCAGUGUAAGCACUGUGAUAGUAGACUGCAAAGUAUGGCAGAACUGACCUCACACUUGAACAGUCACAAUGAGGAAUUCCAGAAGCGUGCCAAACGUCAGGAGAGGAGGAAACAGCUUUUGAGCAAGCAGAAAUAUGCAGAUGGUGCUUUUGCAGAUUUCAAACAAGAGAGGCCUUUUGGUCACUUAGAAGAGGUGCCAAAGAUCAAGGAGAGGAAAGUUGUGGGAUACAAAUGUAAGUUCUGCGUGGAAGUGCACCCAACGCUCCGCGCCAUCUGCAAUCACCUCCGCAAGCACGUCCAGUACGGGAAUGUCCCUUCAGUGUCAGCUGCUGUGAAGGGGCUGCGUUCUCACGAAAGGAGCCAUUUGGCAUUGGCCAUGUUUACCCGGGAGGACAAGUACAGCUGCCAGUACUGUUCCUUUGUCUCUGCUUUCAGGCACAACCUGGAUCGCCAUAUGCAAACUCAUCACGGACACCAUAAACCGUUUCGCUGCAAACUCUGCUCCUUCAAAUCCUCCUAUAAUAGCCGACUGAAAACUCAUAUACUCAAAGCUCAUGCUGGUGAACAUGCCUACAGAUGUUCCUGGUGCUCGUUUUCCACCAUGACAAUCAGCCAGCUAAAAGAACACUCCCUUAAGACCCACGGAAAAGCCCUGACCCUCCCGAGACCACGCCUCGUCAGCCUUCUCUCCUCACAUGCCCACCACUCCUCACAGAAAGCUGCCUCGACUGAAGAAGUAGAAGACUCCAAUGACUCUUCCUAUUCAGAACCUCCAGAUGUUCAGCAGCAGUUGAACCACUAUCAGUCAGCUGCCCUGGCGAGGAACAAUAACAGUGUGAGCCCCGUACCUCUUUCUGGGGCCAGUGCCGGAGCUGAACAGAAAACUGAAGCCAUUCUUAACUGUGAAUUUUGUGAAUUCUCCUCUGGUUACAUUCAGAGCAUUAGGCGUCAUUACCGUGACAAGCAUGGAGGGAAGAAGCUCUUCAAGUGUAAAGAUUGCUCCUUUUAUACAGGCUUUAAAUCUGCUUUUACUAUGCACGUGGAAGCUGGGCAUUCCGCAGUUCCUGAGGAGGGUCCCAAAGACCUGCGCUGUCCCCUCUGCCUCUACCACACCAAAUAUAAACGCAACAUGAUUGACCACAUCGUGCUGCAUCGAGAAGAGCGAGUAGUUCCCAUUGAAGUGUGCCGUUCCAAACUGUCAAAAUACUUGCAGGGAGUAGUUUUCCGCUGUGAUAAGUGUACCUUCACCUGCUCCAGUGACGAGAGCCUGCAGCAGCACAUCGAGAAGCACAAUGAACUAAAACCUUACAAAUGCCAACUCUGCUACUACGAGACCAAACACACGGAGGAGCUGGACGGCCACCUUCGCGAUGAACAUAAGGUAAGCCGUAACUUUGAGCUGGUUGGACGAGUUAACUUGGAUCAGUUGGAGCAAAUGAAGGAGAAAAUGGAGAUGUCCAGCAGCGAUGACGAAGAGGACAAGGAAGAAGAAAUGAACAGCAAAGAUCUUAUGCGGUUUUCUGAUGGCAGGGUUUGCUCUGAAAAGCGAUUUCCAUGCGAGUUCUGUGGACGGGCAUUUUCACAGGGCUCCGAGUGGGAAAGGCAUGUGCUGAGACACGGCAUGUCUCUGAAUGACAACAAGCAAGUGAGUAGAGAGAAUGACCAUCCAAAGGAGAACUUGGAGGAAAACGCUAAGAUAACAUUAACGGAAGAAAGAGAAGGCGACGAGGAGGUAGAGAUGGAUGACACAGUAGCAGUCUGUGUGGUAGCUGCUGACAAAUCUCUCCUGGAGACUGCAGAGGCCAAAAACGAAUAAGCAUUUGGUGUGAUUCUUAAUCAAACCCUACUUGAACAUCGAUGAAGGGGUGGGAGGGUGGGGUUGGGGUGGGAAGGGAGGGUGAAGGAGAAGACAGAAACAAAGCUGCUUUUUAGGACUGAACGAUCUAUUUUCAAAGCACUGGUACCUGUGUGAGUGUGUAUAUUAAAGUUAUUUAAAUGGUGGAAUAAGUGGCUCCAUUACAUCGCUGAAUCCUUUCUUCCGGACCUCACUAUGGAAAGUACAUUCAUUUCAGAAUGUGGAAGCAACUCCCACAUUAUAUACAAUGUGAUUUGUGGUGGAGUCUUGGACGGUUAAUGGAAAGGGGAAGCUUCGCGAGAGUGGAAGAAGACGUCUCGUAGGGGGGACAACUUUUUGACGCACAACUUUUGGUGCGUUUUUCUAGUUUUAAUACAGUAAGCUUUUUCCAGACUUAACUGCAGCCGCUUUGAGGAAGAAAAAAAAAACUGCUUUGCUUAAAACAGUCACCUGUUUCCUAGUACCUCAAAAUUAACCAAGGGAAUUCUCUGCAUUUGUUAGUACUACCUGUCAUUGUCGUGGUUAAAUGUAGAGAGAACUGCUGGGCAAGAUGGUGAAUGGGGAAAAAAAAAGUUUUAAAGAAAGGAAAACAUUGUGCUUAAAAUCCCAGUGUGGGUUUUAUUUCUUAAAAUACUGUGAUUUUUUAAUUAUUUUAGUAAAAAACAAAACAAAAAAAGAAACAGACUUUAAUUACUAGAUAACUGUUUGUGAGUUGUCAUCCUUUAUUCCAGGUAAGCUGUUCGUUAGUGUUGAACCCUAAUUUAGGAUUUGAUAGAUCCGCGUGAGCUAAUUUCAAGGGGAUUGUGCCGGUUUGUUAGCCACAUGUUACUUUUCUAUCGACCUGCGGUGUUACAAAUACAGCACAGUUCAAUUUUUUCAUGUACAAUGUUUUGAAUUUUUUGUUUUUGUUUUUUUUUUUAAUGGGGGGAGGAAGGGAGAUUUAGUUCUUGUGAAUAGGAAUGUUUUGAUUUUCAACAUGGAAAUAACAAAGGAGUUAACUUUUUUUUUAAUUUAACUAAAGAACCAAACUUAGGGCACAGCUAUGCAGCUUGUGGGCCAGACAAGGAGGUCCUCGUCACCGUUUUUUUUUUUUUUUAUUUGUGUGUGUGUGUGUGUUGUUCUUGUUGCUUGUUGAAUUAACAUAUUAUCAGUCUCACACAAAUAGUUUCUGUUAAGAUUGGCUGGCUUUUCAUGUGUGGUCUUCAAACUUUUGUUCCCCUUUUUUUUUUUCUUAAAGUUUGUUUUUGGUGGGCAAGAGGAUGUGUUUGGAAUCACAUCCCUAAGGCUAGAGAGGAUGAGAAAUAUGUCUGUCCUACCAGGAGCCUGGAGAACUGCUUGUUAAUGGAUCUAAAGAAGAGCUGCUAUGUUUCCCCCUUGUUAGUGGUCACAGGAGGGGAGCAGCCUUGGCUGAAUCUUAGUCUACACACAUGGUAUGUUCUGGUUGUGAACAAAGGGUUUCGUUCCAAAAAAAGUAGAAAGAACUUUUAUUGAAACCUAGUUUUUAGAUGUGUGUGCAUGGGCCCACAUGCGUGGGCCCAUGUGGACGCUGGCAUGUAUGAGUGUAUGUGUGUGUGUAUGUGUGUGUGCGUGUGUGUGUGUCCUUUUGUU